CCCAGCAGCAUGGACUAAUGGAAGCACAGACGAGAAGCACCACUGUGUGAGCCCAAAGGUCUCCUUGUCGGCAGCGCAGGUCACCAUGGGAUGCAGUCCCAAGGCAGUUGCUGCUGGGUGUCUCCUAGCAGUCAUUGUUGUUUCUGGCAUCAUUGCUCUUAUCCUGGCGGUUGUGGGUGUGAAGGAUGUUUAUCUGCCUCCAGGUACCAAGUAUGGGAUGGUGUUUGACGCUGGCUCCUCGCACACGGCCCUCUACAUCUACCAGUGGCCAGCGGAUAAAGAGAACGGCACCGGCAUUGUCAGCCAGGCUGAGGCCUGCACCGUGCAAGGACCUGGGAUCUCCAGUUACGCUGAAAACCCUGCUAAUGCUGGAGCCAGCCUGAGGGCCUGUCUGGACAAGGCCAUGACGAUCAUCCCUGCAGAGCAACAGAGAGAAACGCCCACCUACCUGGGCGCUACUGCGGGCAUGCGGCUGCUGAGGGAGCAGAACAGCACUAAAGCAGACCUGGUCUUUGCAGAGGUCUCCAAGACCAUCCGGCAGUACCCUGUAGAUUUCCGUGGCGCUCGGAUCCUCACUGGGAAUGAGGAAGGAUCCUUUGGUUGGAUCACAAUCAACUACCUGCUGGAGACGCUCAUCAAGUUCUCCUUUGCAGGGAAAUGGAUACGGCCUCAGUCAGCUGAGGUUCUGGGAGCUCUGGAUCUUGGAGGAGCCUCAACCCAAAUAACCUUUCAGCCCAGUGGUACCAUUGAGGACAACAGCACCGAAGUCUUCUUCCGGCUGUAUGGGACCAACUACUCCGUUUAUACCCACAGCUACCUCUGCUACGGGCGAGACCAGGCCCUGAAGAUGCUGCUGGCAGCCCUAAGGAAGGAGAACCUCACCUCUCAGCAGAUCUCCCACCCGUGCUACCCCAAGGGAUACGAGGAGAACGUCACUGCCGCUGCCCUGUAUAACAGUCCCUGCGUCCCGACACCAGCUGCACAUGACCCCAGCCAGAUCCUCAUGGUGCAGGGGACAGGAGCCCCAGCGGAGUGCAGGAGUGCCAUCCAGAAACUCUUCAACUUCACAGCCUGUGGGGCCAACAGGACGUGCGGGUUCAACGGGGUCUACCAGCCCCCGGGGCAUGGGCAGUUCUUCGCCUUUUCUGGAUUUUACUACACAUUCCAUUUUCUGAACCUGACUAACGAGCAGCCCCUGAGUGUCAUCAAUGCCACCAUCUGGGGUUUCUGCACUAAAGGCUGGAAGGAGCUGCAGGCCAGUUUCCCACAGGAGGAGAGUCAGGGGCGCCUACACAAUUACUGCCCCUCGGCCUUUUACAUCCUGACACUGCUACAGGAGGGCUACAAAUUUGACGAACAAACGUGGAGCAACAUCCAUUUCUGCCAAAAGGCUGCGAAUACAGACAUUGGCUGGACCUUGGGCUACGUGCUGAACCUCACCAACAUGAUCCCGGCAGAGACCCCCGAACAAGUGAAAGGGCAGCAGCGUGGGCUCUGGGCAGCCGCCAUCUUCUUCAUUGUCCUGACCAUUGCAGUGGCACUGGUGGCCAUUCUCAUCCAGUGCCUCUGGAAUCCCACUUAGCAGCCCGAGUAAUGGACGGAGAGCCCCUCUCACCAACCCAGGAAAGGGGAAGUGGCACAAGUGAUGACAAGUGUUGAGAGGUCUUCAAGGCACUGGCCAUCUCUUCAGGAUACCUGCCUGGUUCCUCUCAGUGAACACCUCCCUCCAAAGAAGGCCAAGGGGGGAUCUGAUCAGAGUUUAGAACUAUCUCCUGGGGGAAGAGCUCUGAUCAGAGAAGUCUCUUUAACCGAGCAGACAAAGGAUGACUGAGAGCCAAUGGCUGGAAGCUGAACUAGACCAAUUUGAACUAGAAAUAAGGCAUUUCUUUAAAAUAGGGAGAGUAAUUAAUCACUGCCUAAAUAUAUGGGGGAGUUUC